CCCGCCCCGUCGUCCACCGUUCAGUCUGCGGUGGUAAGUACCCUGCAAGGGAGUGAAGAAAGCCCUCCCACAACCAGGAUGUUGUCUUCGGCCACACUGUGCCAAACUGGAGCCUGGCGAGUUGUGACCGCGACUCAGUGGCGAUUUAUGAGGGACAGGGGAUGCUGGUUUGCACGUUUGCCAGAAUGUUUCUCUGUCCCAAAGACCAGAAGCACGAGUCCUUCCCUUCCCUGCUCCCCCUUAAGCCAUUACCGAUGCUUUAGUGCCUCUGCUGCUAGUCGCAACUCUUCAUCAUCACCUCAUCAGAAAACCCCGUCCUACAGCUAUGUCGUCGUUGGGGCCGGGUCGGCGGGCUGUGUCCUUGCCAACCGUCUCUCAGAAGAUGCCCAUGAGUCUGUGCUGCUGCUGGAGGCUGGGCCCAAGGACAUGGUGCUAGGCAGCAUACGGUUGUCAUGGAAGACGCACAUGCCGGCAGCACUGACCUACAACCUCUGUGACAACAAGUAUAACUGGUCCUACCACACUUUACCCCAGGCCCACAUGGACAACCGGGUGAUGUACUGGCCGAGGGGUCGUGUUUGGGGCGGGUCCUCCUCGCUCAACGCCAUGGUUUACAUCCGCGGACACGCCGAAGAUUACAACCGCUGGCAGAGAGAGGGGGCAGAGGGCUGGGAUUAUGAACACUGUCUGCCAUACUUCAGGAAAGCUCAGUGUCAUGAGCUCGGAGGAAAUAGGUAUCGAGGUGGUAGUGGACCUCUUCAUGUGUCCAGAGGGAAGACCAGCCACCCCCUUCACAAGGCUUUUAUUGAGGCGGGGCAGCAGGCGGGAUACCCCUUCACUGACGACAUGAAUGGACACCAACAGGAAGGCUUGGGCUGGAUGGAUAUGACCAUUUAUAAUGGGAAGAGGUGGAGCACGGCCAGCGCCUACCUGAGGCCUGUCCUGGGUCGACCCAACCUGAAGACAGAGGUGCGCUGCCUCACCUCCAAGAUCCUGUUUGAUGGAAACCGUGCCGUGGGAGUUGAAUACAUACAGAAGGGACAGAAGAAGAGGGUGUUUGCAGAUAAAGAGCUGAUAUUGAGCGGAGGAGCCAUCAACUCCCCUCAGCUUCUCAUGCUGUCUGGGGUGGGAAACGCUGACGACCUAAAACAACUCGACAUCCCUGUGGUUCAGCACCUACCAGGUGUUGGCAGUAACCUGCAGGAUCAUUUGGAGCUGUACGUCCAGCAGCAGUGCACUCAGCCCAUCACCCUGUACAAGGCACAGAAACCUUUCCACAUGGUCAAGAUAGGCCUCGAGUGGCUCACCCUGUUCACGGGUUACGGAGCAACAGCCCACCUGGAAAGCGGUGGGUUCAUCCGCAGUCGGCCCCAUGUCACACACCCCGACAUCCAGUUCCACUUCCUGCCCUCGCAGGUGAUUGACCACGGAAGAGUUGCCUCUAAGCUAGAGGCGUAUCAGGUUCAUGUGGGACCAAUGAGAAGCACCAGUAUCGGCUGCAUGAAGCUGAAGAGCACCAACCCUCUGGAUCACCCGAGUCUCCAGCCCAACUAUCUCUCCACUGAUGUCGAUGUGUGGGAGUUCAGAGAGUGUGUUAAACUCUCCAGAGAGAUUUUUGCUCAGAAGGCCUUCGAUCCAUUCCGCGGCACCGAAGCCCAGCCUGGUCUUCAGGUCCAAUCCGACGCCGACAUUGACGCUUUUGUCCGCCGAAAGGCCGACAGCGCCUACCAUCCGUCCUGCACCUGCAAGAUGGGCUCGCCCUCCGACCCGAUGGUGGUCGUCGACUCCAACACACGGGUUUUGGGUCUUGAGCGGCUGCGUGUGGUCGACGCCUCCAUCAUGCCCAGCAUCGUCAGCGGCAACCUGAAUGCGCCGACCAUCAUGAUGGCAGAGAAGGCUGCUGACAUCAUCAGGGGUCGGCCUCCUCUCGUCGACGCAGGGGUUCCCGUGUACCAACCACCAACGCUCGAUCGGUGAUGUGUUGUCAGUCAUUAGGCAACAGCAGCAGUGAGCAGCUGGUUAGGAGGAUCUUUCAUCUGUCAACUAAUGUGAGUGUGAGUGUUUUCUUAAUUUUGAAUACUGGGGAAUUUUAACAGUUUACAUCUGAAAUUCAGUUUUACAACGAUUAUAUAGAACCAGUGGCCGUGUUCUCACAGCCACACAGCAGUUUUAAUGUUGUGGCAGAAUAUACAAAUAUAAUAUACAUUCUAUGUGUAUAUCGACUCAACUUUACAUAUACUGACUUUCUGCACCAGUUGUUAGUGUUUGUGUUUGAACUCACUUCAACUUCAUCCAGUAUUUCUUGAACCAGCUGCAGUAAUUUUUUAAGCCUUUUAGAACUUGGACAUUUUGAUGAUACUCUGUUAUCCUGAGGUAAAGUGAAAUCCCACAGCACAAGGCAUGUUUUGAAUCCAUCUCAAGUUUUUAAAAAAAGGGACUUUUUUAAUAAUCCCAUGACGAUCAGCAGUCUGCUUUCUUUACCCCAGCAGUCUCAGCAGCAGGUUGGGUUAUUUAUCUGCUCUAACCAAUUAUCACCAUAGUAACAUGCCUCUUCCUUCCUGCAAACUUGCAGAUUAAAGAUUUUGACAAAAUACUUUAUUUUUAGGUUUGCUGUCAACAUUGUAAUAAUAAAAAACAAUAUACUUUUAGUAAAAAAGUAGAAAUUUAGCCUCAUUCAUUUUAUUGACAGUAAAACACAGUUUGGAGUUUUAUCAACAGACUGACAACAAAUGUCAAUAGUUCAUUUAUAAAUUCCACAGUAUGAACUCUAUCCUCAUCCGGUGCUGAGACUUGAGCCUGGGGCUGUUAACCAGAUGUCACAACCAGAUGUGUUUCAUGUGUAAAAAGAAAAGCACACAGCUCAUUUUCUGUUGGGAUCUGGCAUCAGUUAAAACAAAAAGACUCACACAUGUACGGCACAAUCAGAGAAGAACUUUCCUUCUUCUACUCCACUACUUGUUCUACAUUUCAUCAGUGGGCACGUCAUGAAGCAGAUACAGGAUCAAUCUGUUUAAAUGCUUCAGAUGAAGACUGAUCUUCCUGAUGUGGGAAAUUUGUUAUUUUGGAUGAUCAAGUUUUUCAGCUCCAAGCUUUUAGCUGCUUUUUGGUUCAGUCUGCUGCAGUAGCAAUAAAUGCAAAUGAUAUCUCCGAUUAUGAAAUCCUGCUAAUAUAGAUAUUGUGUUCAAACUCUCUAUAUGUAACAUAUACACUAAAAACUUUAAAUUAACAUGAACUAAAAAGUAGAAAAAAAAACAAUUGCACAUUUAUUUCUAUGUUUACAAAGAAGCUUGAUUGUGUUGAACUGACCAGAUAAAAUGAAGUAUGAUAACACCACAGCAGCCUAUAAGAUAAUGUGACCAUAUAUAUACAGUGGUGUUAUAACUAGUGUGGAUCAAGUUCUAGAAUCAGCUUCACUGAAAAUCUUAAAUUCAUACAUGAGGUAUUAAUUAAAUUCAUGUUUUAUGAUGUCUGCUCUAAGGGAAACAGCAAUGUGUUCAAAUGAUGUCUUAUAGUCUUAUUAAGCUUUGCACUACGCUAUGAAGUAUCUAACUGACGAUAAUUGUUUACAUUAUAUAGGGUUGCACAAAAUUACGUUUGUAUUUAAAUCAUUUUCAUGUGUAUUAAUGAAGGAUCACGAAGGGAAAUUAAUUGUGAAAAUUCACACAGUAUUAUGUUUGCAUGUUUUUUUUGUGUGGUUUGUACGAUAAGCAAACGUCCUGACUUUGUCCUCAUUUCAUUCAGACUUUAUUUAGUCCUUAAAAAAAAUCCUCAGCAAGUGCAUUGUCAUUUCAGGCAAGAAGUAAAACGUACAAAACUGGGUUUGUGUUUACAUUGGUACAAAAGGUACGAGUACGUUUGCUACAAAGUAGACAGAGCUAUGUUUGUUUUUUAAUUUUCAUACAACAAUUGGGUAGAAAGCAGAAAUCUUCAAGUUCAUCACUGACUUUUUACAAACAACUGUACAGAUUUUAUACAUCAUCGUUGUCGUUUCAUAUUCAUCUGCAAAACAUUCGAACAGUACAAAAAAAUAAAGCUGUCAGUUGCACAACAA